UGGGCACAAGGACGCCUAGGGGGUUUGUAGGAGUUUGCUGGGGGCUGCAAAUUGGGACAGGAACAUCGAGAGUUGGGAACAGCCCGGGCAAAAGCGCCGAGGCGCGACAGAGUGGCGGCUUGUGGGGAGUGGGUUGAUGACGUGGGAGCAAGGCUCUGGGAGAGGUCGAGCAUGGGCUACACGGUGAUUCAAGGCCCGACAUUCUGAGGUCAGGACUGAUUUUCUUCCAGCUCUACAAACAUGGAAACUUAGGUUUUAAGAGAUUGUCACUAGUCCGGGGUCACCCAGCUAAGCGGGAUUCUAAUCAGAAGAGGGGGGCGGGCGCCCAAGCAGAGGAGGGCCCCACGCACUUCCUCCUCCUUCCGCCAUCACUUAGAGGGGAAACUGAGGCCCAGGGUAGUCCUGGGCACUCAAGGCCCCGAUUGGGUCCAGCCCAUCCCACACCCCUCUAGCUCGGGGCUGGACGUGUCUCGAGUCAUAUCUGAAAGUGGUGGCCAGUUGAUGAUUAAACCUAGUGCCAGAAUGCUCUUGCUGGGUAACUUCAAGCCCGGGACCCGCUUCCGGCCCUGUUUCCCCUCUUUACCCCCGGGGUCUUCGAGAGACCGGCUCUGGCCCCCGAUGCUUCAGUUUCACCGAGGGUAGAGCGCAGGCAGCUGGGGCGUUUGAGGUUUUGUUCCACGCCUGGGAGGAGCCACGCCCCUCGCCGCGCCAUUGGUGUGGUCCUUUGUGGGGGUGGGGCCUGUGUCUCGCCCCGCCCCGCCCCGGCCGCCGUAUAAAGGCAGCGCCGGCGCCGGGCGCGCAGGAAUUUCUGGCCUGGUCCGCAAGUGCGCCUGCGCACGUUGGGUCGGUUCGAGUUCUGAAGCUGUAGCCUCGGCGCCUCGCGCCGCCGUGCCGCCGCGUCGCGGGUUCGAGGCCAGGGUGUGUGCGUCGCGGGUUCGCAUCCCGGCCGCGAUGCUGUUCGACAAGGUGAAGGCGUUCGUGGUGCAGCUGGAUGGCGCGAGCGCGGGCGCCGAGCCGGUGUUCAGCGGCGGCCAGGCCGUUGCCGGCCGAGUGCUGCUGGAGCUGGCGGGCCCGGCGCGCGUGGGCUCCCUGAAGCUGCGCGCGCGGGGCCGCGCCCACGUGCACUGGACCGAGUCGCGCAGCGCCGGCUCGAGCACCGCGUACACGCAGAGCUACAGCGAGCGUGUGGAGGUCGUGAGCCACCGUGCCACGCUACUCGCGCCAGACACCGGAGAGACCACGACGCUGCCUCCCGGGCGCCACGAGUUCCCGUUCAGCUUCCAGCUGCCUCCGACCCUGGUGACGUCAUUCGAGGGUAAACAUGGCAGUGUCCGAUACUGCAUCAAGGCCACCCUGCACCGGCCCUGGGUCCCUGCCCGCCGGGCAAGGAAGGUAUUUACUGUCAUAGAGCCGGUGGACAUCAACACGCCUGCCCUGCUGGCCCCUCAGGCGGGAGCUCUGGAGAAAGUCGCCCGAUCGUGGUACAGCAGUCGUGGCCUUGUCUCCCUCUCGGCCAAGAUUGACCGAAAGGGCUAUACGCCAGGUGAGGUAAUCCCAGUCUUCGCCGAGAUCGACAACGGCUCCACGCGCCCAGUGCUGCCUCGGGCAGCAGUGGUCCAGACGCAGACCUUCAUGGCCCGAGGUGCCCGCAAGCAGAAGCGAGCAGUGGUGGCCAGUCUCUCGGGCGAGCCCGUGGGCCCCGGGCGGCGGGCGCUGUGGCAGGGCCGGGCGCUGCGGAUCCCCCCCGUGGGUCCUUCCAUCCUGCACUGCCGGGUGCUACACGUGGACUAUUCCCUCAAGGUCUGCGUGGACAUUCCUGGCACCUCCAAGUUGCUCCUGGAGCUGCCGCUGGUCAUCGGCACCAUCCCCCUGCACCCUUUCGGCAGCCGCUCGUCCAGCGUGGGCAGCCGUGCCAGCUUCCUGCUGGACUGGGGGCUGGGGGCCCUGCCAGAGAGACCUGAGGCUCCUCCCGAGUACUCAGAGGUGGUGGCAGGUGGGGAGGUGGCGGCCGCGGGGCAGAGUCCCUUUCCACCGCUGCAGGACGCUGACGUGAACCUUGAAGGCCCCUUCUUCGCCUAUAUCCAGGAGUUCCGCUACCGCCCCCCACCCCUGUACUCCGAGGAUCCAAACCCACCCUCAGAGGCCAUGAGGCCACGCUCCAUGACCUGCUGAGGGGCAAGCGAAUACCUCGAGGGAUGCGGGUACACACAGGCUUCCGGCCUCCGUGGACACGGGGAAUGGCUGGAUCGAGAGUGGCCCGACCAGACUGCGCUGAAGUUGGGGAAUCCGCGGCUCGGAACAGGGCAGGGCUUUCCAACAUAACCCAGGACGGGGGAAGAAUCUGGAACCUGACUGACGUGGACUGGCCCUCGCGAGGCAUCAGAUGCCCCUUGUCGGAUCCCGUCUUGUCUACACCGGCCUGUGGACAGGGCUUGGGUCCCCCGGGAGCCUCUGGUCUGGGAGAGACGUCGCCAGACGUAAACGCUUCCGGUCCCGUGGGACCAGAGGAAGAGACCCAGGACCGGGAGAGUCCAGACGGGAGCAGAGAGGGCUUCCCGGAGCAGAGGGCGUUCUGGCUGAGGCGGUGGCGUGUGAAUAGCGGCCCAGCAGGCAGA